AUGAAACUGAAGCAGAAACACUACACAAGAAAUGGUGGUUUGUUAUUAAAGCAAAAGAUCACUUCAAACGAAGGUGGAGUUGAAAGGGCAGCCAAAAUCUUAGUAGCCGAAGAACUAGAGAGGACAACAGAUAACUCCAACCCAAGUAAAGUCGUCGGAAAAGGAAGAUAUGGUACCGUGUUUAAAGGCAUGUUAUCAAGUGGGGGAAUAGUAGCCAUUACGAAAUCCACAUUGGUGGACAAAAACCAAGUCGAUCAGUUCAUCAACGAGGUUGCUAUUCUUUCUCAAAUCAAUCACAGGCACAUUGUAAGAUUGUUAGGUUGUUUUUUAGAGACCCAAGUUCCACUAUUGGUAUAUGAGUUUGUCCCGAACGGAACACUCUCAUUCCAAUACAAUCUCCAUGUAAGGAUCGCAUCUGAGGUAGCAGGAGAACUUUCAUAUCUAUGCUUGGACCCUUUUAUGCCAAUCUUUCAUAGAGACAUAAAAUCCACUAGUAUUCUUCUCGAUGAGAAAUACAAGGCUAAAGUCUCUGACUUCGGAAUUUCUAGAUCAGCACCUGUAGAUUCAACCCACUUGACCACACUUGUGCAGGGAACCUUUGGUUAUUUAGAUCCCGAAUUUUUUUAUUCAGGCCAGUUCACCGACAACAGUGAUAUCUAUAGCUUCAGAAUAGUUCCUGUGGAGCUAUUUGCUGGAAAACCACCGUGCUUGAUGUGGGAGCCUUGGUUUAAGAUAUCUCCUGAUGAAUCAGAGACCGUUAACUGGAUUACAGUCAACCAUCUAAAGCUAGGAGCUAAAGGUGAUCUGAAGAAGAUCUCUUUAGGCCGCAGGUUCCUUCUUACAUUGGGUGAAGAAGGGGGUUCUCGUUUCAGUUACAAAGCUGUAAUUCUGGAUGCUAAGAAUUAG